AUGACGACGGACAUUGAAGCUGCAAAGCAGGCCGCGGCCUUCGAGGCCGUGCGAAACCACUUCCCCGAGAACCCGCGCUUCGUCGGGAUCGGGUCCGGGACAACCAUAGUCUACGUGGUGGAAGCAAUCAAACAGUCUGGGGUGGAUGUUACAAGAGUGUGCUUUGUGCCGACGGGAUACCAGUCCAAACAGCUCAUUAUCAAUGCCGGGCUGAUCCCGAUCGAAUUCGAUGCACUUCCGGACAAUGCCAUGAUUGAUAUCGCCUUCGAUGGAGCAGAUGAAGUGGACGAGGAUUUGAACUGCAUCAAAGGAGGCGGUGCCUGUCUGUACCAGGAGAAACUAGUGGCUAUGCGUGCAAAGAAAUUCAUCUGUGUUGCCGACUACAGAAAACUUCAACCGCGUCUGGUCACCCAAUGGGCGACUGUCCCCAUAGAAGUCGAACCCAAGGCGGCCCGGCAGGUGAUGAGACGACUGCGGAUGCUAGGAAGUCGCAGCCCGACAGGCGCAGGCCCGAAGAUCCGAGAAGGCCACAUGGCUAAGGCUGGGCCCAUAAAGACCGACCAGGAUUUCUUCAUUGUCGACGCCCCCUUCCCGCAUCCGCUUCUGAUUUCCGACGACCUCACCGCAGAGAAGCUGGGCGACGGCGAGGGCGGUUUUUGGGAGGUGGAGCAGCUUGCCAAUGCGAUCAAGGAUAUCAAUGGUGUGCUCGCUGUUGGGCUUUUCUGCGGGCCAACAGGGCCCGAGGCCCUCACCGCCGGAGUUGUUGGCGGUCAGAGGCCGGUUGCAUGCUACUUUGGCAUGGCCGAUGGCACUGUGACUAUGCGGAGAGCGCGAGAAAAGCGACCUUCGGUUGUCGCCAAAUACCCUCCGUUAAUACCGGUGCAUUCAGCUGAAACGGAGGCUGUGGUAGUUGACAGCUGA